AUGUCUGAAACAUCGACCCCUUCGCCGACAGCCUCAAUGUCUACCACACCAGCCACAUCGGCUUCCUCGGCGGCAAGGAGACCGCCUCGCAAGAGUACGCUCACGCAGCAGCAGAAAAACCAGAAGAGGCAAAGGGCAACACAAGACCAGUUGGUCACCUUGGAGGUUGAAUUCAACAAAAACCCCACGCCUACUGCUGCUGCGCGAGAACGUAUAGCCCAAGAAAUCAAUAUGACCGAACGUUCCGUACAGAUCUGGUUUCAAAACAGACGCGCAAAGAUCAAGAUGAUUGCCAAGAAGAGCAUUGAAACAGGAGAAGACUGUGAUAACCUCCCCGAGUCUAUGCGGCACAUGCUCGCCAUGCAAGCUCUCGAGUCAGGCAAGCCAUUUCCCAGGCAUUUACUGGGACGGAACAGCGGACCAAUGGCUCCGUAUGGCAGUGGUGGAAUGAUGCUGAACGGCGAGAGCAAUGGCACUGGGAAAGUCGUCAUUCAUCACUUCACUUGUCGGUCGCUAAGCAUCGGCAGCUGGCGCCGGGUUGGGCAGAAUGCGAUGGACCUUGUCAUUUUCUACUCGCCAGACAAAGCAUGCAUCACUUAUUAUAUCAACAACGAUUCCGCGGGCUACAAGAUCGAAUUCCCUUUUGCCUAUAUCAAACACAUCUCCCUUGAAUCGGGCGAAUCCAGUUCAAUCAACAACACGACCCCUCCUCGACCCGGCGGUCUAGUCAUUGAGCUCAAUCGACCUCCGAACUUCUUCAUGGACUCGUCAGGUUCUGGUGGCUUUUACCAAUGUGGCGAUUUCACCGAAGAUCAACAGGCAUCCCAGGUUCUUCUUCACCACCUUGGAGGACACGCCAAAGUCCUGAGCGGACAGCUUGCCAAGCUGGUGUCGUUGGAAUCGUUCCAGAAUAGGCACAGCCCUUUCGAGAUCAACGCCGUGCCAGCUACAGCACCAACGUCACCCGCGAUGGGCAUCGCUCGCCCAGCUUCCCAGCCCAACGUGCAAUUCGCGCGACCGCAGCCGCCUCAUGUGGGCAUGUACCAAGAAAAUCGGCUCGGCAUGAAUCUCCAUCCAGGGCGAGGCCACAAGAGACAGCGCAGUCGGUCGGUGCCUGUUGCCAUCGACUUCUCAAUGCUACAAUCGCCAAUACCGACCUUCCACAUCCAGCAUCCUUCAACCCAGUUUACCCCUGACGCAAGCAUAUUUCAGCCACUUCCUCAAUAUCCGGGCCAAGGAUCACUUGGUCAAAAUCUCCGUAUAGAUACCUCUCCCAACUAUGGAAUGGACUUCCGCCCAUUCCCUAUGUCCGCAGCAACGACAUCGCCAUCUGAAUAUGGAUUUCCACCGAACCAGACAGCUGGCAUGCCUGCAGCUGACUUCAACACACCAUACAGCCUACCAUUCCUCUCACCGUCGCCGAUGAUGGAUCCGUCACAUAUGCUACCACCGUCGCAUACUCCGCUCUCUCACAUGAGCCAUCAAGAUCCGGUGAUAGCCGAUCAGUCUCCGCCGUUAUCCAGCAUGCAUCCAAGUGCGUCUGCCGAUGUGUUCAGUAUGACGCACGACUCGAAUUUGCCAGAUGACGGUAUGAUGUUGAGUGAAAUGUACUCGAAGCAGAACCUCAACCUUGGCAUGGCUAGCCCAUCCAUGGAUGAUGGUAGCUUGAUGGCGAUGGCUGAUGUAUCAGAGUAUCACACCCCCGGGGAGACCAUGGAUAUGCCCAUGAUGCCAUAUGGGACCAUCGAUCCAAAUUCAUUGAAAGCUGAGAAUUCGACUUGA